AUGUCGGACGAGGUUUACGAAGGCGCCAUUGGCAUUGACCUUGGCACGACCUACUCCUGCGUUGCCAACUAUGAGGGCACCAACGUUGAGAUCAUUGCCAACGAGCAGGGUAGCUACACGACGCCGUCUUUCGUGUCUUUCACCGACAAGGAGCGUUUGAUCGGUGAGGCCGCCAAAAACCAGGCUGCUAUGAACCCCCAGAACACCAUCUUCGAUAUCAAGCGUCUGAUCGGUCGGCGGUACGAAGACCCCAUUGUCAAGAAAGAUGUUGAAUCCUGGCCGUUCAAGGUCGUCGACCAGGGUGGAAACCCCGUCGUGGAGGUCGAAUACUUGGGAGAGACCAAGAGAUUCUCCCCCCAGGAAAUCUCCUCCAUGGUUCUGAUGAAGAUGAAAGAGGUUGCCGAGACCAAGCUCGGAAAGAAGGUCGAGAAGGCUGUCAUUACCGUCCCUGCCUACUUCAACGACAACCAGCGUCAGGCGACGAAGGAUGCCGGUGCCAUCUCUGGCCUCAACGUCCUCCGUAUCAUCAACGAGCCCACUGCCGCCGCUAUCGCCUAUGGUCUCGGCUCUGGAAAGUCUGACAAGGAGCGUAAUGUCCUGAUCUACGAUCUGGGUGGUGGUACUUUCGAUGUGUCUCUUCUGAACAUCCAGGGUGGUGUUUUCACCGUCAAGGCUACUGCUGGUGACACCCACCUUGGUGGACAAGAUUUUGACACCAACCUUCUUGAAUUCUUUAAGAAGGAGUUCCAGCGGAAGACCGGCAAGGACCUCUCGGGUGAUGCCCGGGCUCUGCGCCGCCUGAGAACCGCUUGCGAGCGUGCCAAGCGUACCCUCUCUAACGCUACGCAGACGACUGUUGAGAUUGACUCUCUGUUCGACGGAGAAGAUUUCAACUCUUCUGUCACCCGUGCUCGUUUCGAGGAUCUGAAUGCCAAGUCUUUCUCUGGUACCUUGGAGCCCGUGCAGCAGGUCCUUAAGGACUCUGGCCUCGAGAAGAGCGCUGUCGACGAGAUUGUCCUCGUUGGUGGUUCCACUCGUAUUCCCCGUAUCCAGAAGUUGCUCAGUGAUUUCUUCGACGGCAAGAAGCUGGAGAAGAGCAUCAACCCUGACGAGGCCGUUGCCUACGGUGCUGCCGUCCAGGCUGGUAUCCUCUCCGGAAAGGCCUCUUCCGCCGAAACUCAGGACCUGCUGCUGCUGGAUGUUGUCCCGCUGUCCCUGGGUGUCGCUAUGGAAGGCAACAUUUUUGCCCCUGUCGUGGCUCGUGGCCAGACUGUCCCUACUAUCAAGAAGCGUACUUUCACCACUGUCGUGGAUAACCAAACCACUGUUCAGUUCCCCGUGUUCCAGGGUGAGCGUACCAACUGUGCCGACAACACUUCGCUCGGAGAGUUCACUCUGGCUCCCAUCCCCCCCAUGAAGGCCGGAGAGGCUGCUCUGGAGGUUGUGUUCGAAGUCGAUGUCAACGGAAUCUUGAAGGUUACCGCCACGGAGAAGUCCUCCGGUCGUACCGCCAACAUCACCAUCUCCAACGCUGUCGGCAAGCUUUCCACCACUGAGAUUGACCAGAUGAUCGAUGAUGCCGCCAAGUUCAAGUCCAGCGACGAGGCCUUCACCAAGAAAUUCGAGUCCCGCCAGCAGCUCGAGUCCUACAUCUCGCGCGUGGAGGAGAUCGUCUCCGACCCCACCAUGUCUCUCAAGCUGAAGCGGGGUAACAAGGAGAAGAUCGAGUCUGCCCUCAGUGACGCCAUGGCCCAACUCGAGAUCGAGGACUCCACGCCCGAGGAUCUCAAGAAGAAGGAACUUGCUCUUAAGAGACUCAUCACCAAGGCUAUGGCUACCCGUCUGCUGGUACCACAUCUGCGACAUGAACCGAUUCAACACAAGGGAGUUGUGUCGAGCCCGUUUCAAAGCUUCUCGAGUACCUCGUUGCUGCUCAAGAAGAAGGACCGGGGCAAAAGCAACUCAGCUGCAGAAUCCGAAGGGAAUCCGUCAAAGUCAGCAGGGACACCUGAGGAUCCAUCCGACCUCUCCCAUUUGCAGGAGGGAAUUGUAGCCGCCGUGUCCCGACUCAAGGAUGAACUCUCCAAGCUUCGCAUAGGUGGCAGGCUCGGCACUGAUGCCAUUGAGAGCCUACGGGUUCAAAUCAGCAAAGGAAGCAAGGAAAUGGUGAAACUAGGGGAUCUGGCGCAAGUUUUUCCUAAAAGUGGUCGGUUGGUAGCCAUCCUGGUCUCCGAAGAAAAGCAUAUAAAACCAAUCACCUCCGCUAUUGUUUCCUCCGACUUGUCUUUGACCCCACAGCCCGAUCCCCAUAAUACUCUUCAGCUUAACGUGCCCAUUCCACCCCCUACCAAGGAGUCUCGUGACAAAACCGUCAUAGCGGCGAAGUCCGCGAUGGAAAAAGCCAUUGCUGCAAUCCGUGAAUCGCGAGGUGUUGUACAUAAACGCCUGCAGGAUAUGCAAAAAAAGAAAAUCGCUCGCCCGGACGAUACCCGCAAAGCCCAGGAUCAGAUGGAAAAACUAACAGAAAAGGGACAAAAAGAGUUGAAGGAUCUUUUUGAGGCAGCGAAGAAGGGCAUGGAACGUUUAUGA